GCACUCCGCUAUGCACUGACUUGGAAUUUCAGGAAUAGCAGGAUGAGGAGGGAAUGAUGCCUUGAUGGUCCGUGACCUUUUUUUAGCUAGCGCUUGGCCCGUGGCUCUCCAGCUUCUAAUAGCUUUGUUCGGACAUUCAUUGUCGCGGCUAGUAGUCGCCGGUUGUUUGUCAGCUGAACGACUGAGCCGUGUUCCUUCUGAAUUUUGUUGCCGAGCAUCUCGCGUCUUCCCUAGCCUGAAAAAAGUUGUUUGACUUUGCAGAAAGAUGGAUAGGUCCCACUCUCUAGCCUUUGCGGUGCUCCUGCUAAUGUCAGCGCUAAGUGGAUCCCGUGGUGCAAGUUGCUCUGACCCUGCCCCGUGCAAUUCCCGGGGAACGUGCACGGAGGUCUCGGGCCUCUACAACUCCAUAGAGUGCACAUGUUACCAAGGGUACACAGGGGAUACUUGCGAAUACACUACAGACUCGACAACCUGCACUUCUAGUACCUGUAACAACCAUGGGGAUUGCAGUUACGAGUUUGGAUUGGCGACUUGUUCUUGCUACUCCGGAUACACGGGUGAUCUAUGUGAAUCCCUCACCGACACCUCGACAUCAUGCACUUCCAGCUACUGUAACUUCAACGGUGCUUGCAGUUCGGAGUUUGGACCGCGGACAUGUUCGUGCUACACCGGCUACACGGGAGAUUUUUGCACAACUUAUAGUCGCCCAUGUACUUCCAACGACUACUGUAACUUCAAUGGUGAUUGCAGUUAUGAUUUAAUGGGAGACCAGACAUGUGCCUGUUAUUCCGGCUAUUCGGGUGACCAAUGUGCAUACAAUGGUUACGUCUCUAGCGACGCCUGCACGCCUGGCUAUUGUAACUACAACGGCGUCUGCAGUACGGAUACAUCGGGAGACGCAACAUGUGCAUGCAAUGCGGCUUACUACGGGAGCCAGUGUCAGUUCACGGAUGACAAUGGUUACGAUUACAAUUCCGACGACAGUGACAGUGACAGUCUCUCCGGCGGCAGUGUGGGAGGCAUCGUCGCCUCUGUAGUCUUCUUUGUCCUCAUAUUUCCCUGCAUGGUAGCCGCGCGCCGGUACAGGUACAAUCAAUAUCGUCGCGUGCACACUGUGUCCGCAGGCCGUCCGGCUGGCGCUAGAACUACGGCGAGAGCGACCAGGCGUUGCCACGUGGUGGCCGUGGCUCAGUGCAAUCCGGCCCGCAGCGCUGCCCGCCCGACCUCGACGGUGGUGGUGACUGCAGCCGUGGCACCUGGUAUCAUGCACACCAUGACGCCCCUGAAUGCACCGACCCAGAGAAGUCCAACUGUGUGCGCAGCGGACACACUGACCCAACUACCUCUCAGUCCUCCACCAUACACACCCACCUACGAUUCUCCACCCGGCAUGCCUACAGCCUCAGCCGACCCGGAAGCAGGUCUGCCCCAGCCCUGUGUCAUGCCGACGGCCUCAGCCGACUCGAAAGCAGGUCUGCCCCAGCCACGUGUCAUGCCGACAGCCCCAGCCGACCCAGACGCAGGCCUGCCCGAACCACCCCCCUACUCGGACACCCUCGCGCUGUGUCCUGAUGUGUGAGAACCUGACCUCACCCAAAACGUUAGACUGUCUACUGAAUUGCACUAGAGUGAUUGUCUUGACAGAGAUCACAACCGCACGGCUACUUCAUAGGUUUUUGUUUUUCAAUCAUACUGCAUGCAGUGGCACACACAAUUUACGAUUCACACACAUUUCUGGCUGUGCUUAGUGGAUAUUAGUUGCCUUGGGGUCAACAACUCACAGUCACAACUAGCCAGUCACGUUUUAGUCUGUUAUUUGUGUCCAUAGAUCCGGUACUCUGCAAACUGACCACCAGAUCAGUCUGGAGUUUUCUGCAUGCUUCACAAUAUGGGCACUGUGUCUACUCAGUGUUACAUUUUUAGUAUUGUACCGUACCUCAACCGGUUUUUUAUUUACUACAAACGCUUGCAAUUGUGCGCGAUAGCUUUUGUCAUUGUUAUAGACUUAAUGGCAAGUGGACAGUUUUACUCCAUGGCCUGCGAGAGAAUUCAUCGCCUUGUAUUCUACGUUUGUUUCUUUAUACUUCAUGCGCACGCAUACUUACCCAUUUCAACGUCGUGUCGAAGGUGACUGGAGAGCGCAUUUGCGGCAUGGUGGUUGAUGACAAACCUGUGCCGAAUGCUGCUGAUUAUCCUUUAACUAUUUCAUUAUUUUAAACACGUUUUCUUCAUAUCUACAUGUAUCUGCUUUCGAUAGAAGCCACCAAGAUAAUAUCUUUCCAGAAUAUGACGCUUGCAGUAUUAUUAUCAACAAUGUCAGCAAUUUUUAAGUACAUUUUUAAUAUUACAAGCCAAGUAUUGCCAUGCGGUCAUGACAAGUGCAGAUCACUGUACUCCUCAUCACUUCUCACUGCUUUCCUCACCAUUUUUCUUACUAAUACCGUUCAUUCCUACACGAUGAGUUAGGAAGUCAUGAACGAGAGAGCUUGGAAGCUCAGGGCCCUACGCUUCGCUUUUUUGCCUUGAUGACCUAGACAAAAAAAAGCAUAGGGAUGUUAUAAAUUCUUUAAAAAAAUCCUUUUUUUUAAUUCU